AUGAUGGACCAAAGGGCAGGCCCAAGGGUGAGAAGAACAAGAUGGGGACACGGGGUAUGGCUCCUGAGCUGCUGUUGCAUAACCCACUUGUUGUGGUCGUUGGGUUUAAAACCGAGAACCAUCAAAACCAUGAUACAAGCCUCACCGUUCCGUGUAAGGGCGCAAAUCCCAACCGUUAAGAACGUCUCUAUGGCCGAGUCCACCGUCCCUAAGUGGGCCCAGAAAACCGUUAGCUUGCCCCCUUUCAGACGCGGCUGCCAUCUAGUUACUUCCAAGAUAGUCAAAGAAAUCGAGCCAGACCUCUCCGGAUUCAAGUGCGGCCUCGCUCAUCUCUUCUUGCAGCACACCAGUGCUUCUCUCACCAUCAAUGAGAACUACGACACUGAUGUCCGCGAUGAUACCGAAACCUUCCUCAAUCGAAUAGUUCCUGAGGGAUCAUCUGCUCCAUGGAAGCAUACUCUGGAGGGUUAG